AUGCCACGUUCAACUUGUUUUUACGUGUCACUGCUCAUUUUGGUUUGGGCGAAAACCGGAGAGGGAGCUCUUCGUGUUCAGUUACCUGAUUAUGAUAAGAAUAGCUGGAGAAAUGUUUUGAAAAGGGUUGCACCUGAUUGGGUACUUGAAGAAUUUCAAGAUGUCAGAGUGAGAAGUGCUGCUGAAAAUGGAUUCCAGCUACCAAAAUCUGGAAAUGCUCGAAUUGAAAUCAGCAAGCACGGAAAGAAGUCAGUUAUGGCCAAUACUCCAACUGAUGCAUUGAAUGCUAUCAAUACCUACCUUCGAACUCAAUGCCUUUCUCAAGUUUCUUGGUCGAAUAGUUCUUUCUCAAGUGGUUGUCGAAAACAUUCAAAUGACAUUCUUAACUUUGAAUCAAAACAAAUUCGUUACUUUGGAAAUAUGUGUACAUUCUCGUAUUCUUUUGCUUGGUGGGAAUGGCCGCAAUGGGAAAAAUUCAUUGAUUGGAUUGCUUUGAAUGGAUUCAAUACUGUAUUGAUGCCCUUGGGACAAGAAGCUAUUUGGAGAGAUGUCUUCAUGGGAUUGGGUGUUGAAAGAGAUGAAUUGGAUAGCUACUUCACAUCUCAGGCUUAUUUGGCAUGGCAUCGAAUGGGAAAUCUGAAAGCGUACGGUGGUGGUCUAUCUGAUGCACAAAUGCUCAAUGACUUCAACUUAGCCAAACGAAUUAUAAAUCGUCUUCUUGAACUUGGAAUUGUUCCGAUUCUUCCAACUUUUGCUGGAUUUGUACCUGAUCGACUGGAAAAACUCUUCCCAACUUCCAAAUUCAAUCGUCUACCAUGCUGGAACAACUUCACUUCUGAAACAUCUUGUCUUCUUUCCGUUUCUCCAUUUGACCCACUCUUCCAGAAAAUUGGAUCAACAUUCUUAAGACAUCAAAAGAAAAUGUUGGGCGGAGACAUUACUAAUCUCUACAGUGCAGAUCCAUUCAAUGAGAUUUUGCCCAGUGAUUCUUCCAAGUUUGAUGCCAGUUUCAUGAAACAAACUGCUCAAUCAAUAAUGAAUUCAUGUCGGAAAGUUGAUAAGAAUUGUAUCUGGGUUCUCCAGUCCUGGUCGUUUACUUAUGACCAGUGGCCAAACUGGGCUAUCAAAUCGUUCUUAUCAGCAGUUCCUAUUGGCAAUCUUCUCAUUCUUGAUUUGUAUUCUGAAGUAGUUCCAGCAUGGCAGAUGGCGUCAUCUUUCCAUGGACAUAACUUUGUUUGGUGCCUGCUUCAUAACUUCGGAGGAUCAAGAGAACUUCGUGGAAACUUACAAAAAGUUGACAAAGGAUAUCAGUUGGCUUUGAUGAAAGCAGGUUCGAAUCUCGUCGGAGCAGGCCUUUCUAUGGAAGCAAUCGACCAGAACUACGUGGUUUAUCAGUUUAUGAUUGAUCGAAUGUGGUCUCAAGAGCCUAUUCCUUUGAACAAUUGGCUGAAAUCUUAUUCUGAAUCUCGUUAUUCUGCCGAUUUCAAAGUUUCUCACAAGUUCUGGACCAUUUUAGCUGGAUCAUUCUAUAGUCAACCGGAGAAGUGGGGUAACCCAAGAUUCUCUGUUUUCUUGUAUCAUCGACCUGCAUUUGCUAAGAAGAGUGAAUAUUGGUUCCCAGUAGAAGAGACGUUUAAUCAUCUCCAAUCACUUAUACCUUCAUUGAUGCAUGUUCUCGGAGACCAUCCGUUGUUCAAAGAAGACCUGAAUGAUGUGAUGAGAGCAGUCAUCCAAUUCGAAAUCGGAAACGAAGCUGCGUUGUCGCUUACUGAAGCAUUCUUGAUGGAAGACAAACAACAGAUUGGAGCAAGUUGUGAAAACUUGAUGGACAUGUUCCAGAAGCUCGAAUCUUAUUCUAAUAGAGAUUUCAAAGAAUGGAUCGAUGACUCAAAAUCAAUCGCUCCCACUUCGGAAGAACGCCAAGUCUUUCCAGUUACCGCUUCUGAUAUUUUGACUGUUUGGGGCCCAACCGGACAAAAUCUUGAUUAUGCUCAUCGUGAAUGGGCUGGACUUCUCUCAGGAUAUUACGGACGACGUUGGCAAUACUUUUGUGAUUGGAUUCUAGAGCACGACGUCUUCAAUCACACUGAUUUCUCUAUUUCGGUAUUCCGCGAUGUAGAGAGACCGUUUGCAAUCUCAAAUAUUUGA